UGCGGCAGCCAGCCUAUGGCGAGCCCCCCCGGGUGCUAAGGCCGAGCGGGGGCCGUGUGCUGGGGAGGGGAGAGCCAGGGGCCCGGCGAUGAGUCUGGUGGGGGGCUUCCCGCACCACCCGGUGGUCCACCAUGAGGGCUACCCCUUCGCCGCCGCCGCCGCCGCUGCCGCCGCCGCCGCCGCCGCCGCCAGCCGCUGCGGCCACGAGGAGAACCCCUACUUCCACGGCUGGCUGAUCAGCAGCCACCCGGCCGAGAUGUCGCCGCCCGACUACAGCAUGGCGCUCUCCUACAGCCCCGAGUACGCCAACGGGGCGCCGGGCCUGGAACACCCGCACCACUACGCGGGCGGCGUGGCCCCUCCGGGGAGUGGCGGCGGGCCGCCGGGCCUGGGGGGCGGCCCUCGGCCGGUCAAGCGCCGCGGCACGGCCAACCGCAAGGAGCGGCGCAGGACUCAGAGCAUCAACAGCGCCUUCGCCGAGCUGCGCGAGUGCAUCCCCAACGUGCCGGCCGACACCAAGCUCUCCAAGAUCAAGACCCUGCGCCUGGCCACCAGCUACAUCGCCUACCUCAUGGACCUCCUGGCCAAGGACGACGCCAACGGCGAGGCCGAGGCCUUCAAGGCCGAGAUCAAGAAGACCGACCUCAAGGAGGACAAGAGGAAGAAGGAGCUGAACGAGAUCUUGAAAAGCACCGUGAGCGGCAACGACAAGAAGACCAAAGGACGGACUGGCUGGCCGCAGCACGUGUGGGCUCUGGAGCUCAAGCAGUGAGCGCCGCGCGAGGCCUGGCCGAGAGAAACCCGCGGAGGACUCGGAGCCCGCCGACCAAGGACGCCUUGGCGACGGCGGCGGUGGUUUGGGGAUCGUCUGGUUUAUUUAUGUGCAAUUUCCCUCCCCUAAUCUCCCCCU